CGUCGCCCUGUCCACUCCUUGAUUGAACGCCGGUGAGUUAGGGCAGAGAUGAUUCGUUUGGGAGCCUUUGGGUAUGACCUCUCAAUCCUGUCAGCGCCAUGUCAGAUUUCGAUUUGUCUUUCAUCCCGGCAUUGUACACGCCCCCGACUCUACUACCCAUCACCAGACACAGAAGCAGUCUACUCUAUACCGUUGAAACACAUCAGGUCACUGUGUUAGUGGGUCAAACAGGUAGUGGGAAAACGACUCAGCUACCUCAGUAUCUGGAACAGGCAGGAUGGUGCGCCCAGGGGAAAUGUAUCGCGGUCACGCAGCCCAGAAGAGUCGCCGUCACUACCGUGGCCACACGCGUCGCCGAGGAGAUGAGGUGUCAACUGGGUGAACAGGUUGGCUACUCAAUUCGCUUUGAAGAUGUCACGUCCGCGAAGACCAGAAUAAAAUUUCUCACCGACGGCAUGCUGCUGCGAGAAGCCUUGGUUGAUCCGUUGUUCACGAGAUAUUCCGUCAUCGUGAUCGACGAAGCUCAUGAACGGUCACUCAGCUCCGACAUCCUGCUUGGUCUACUGAAAAAGGUGAAGAAACGGCGGCCGGAAUUGAGAAUCAUCGUUAGUAGUGCAACGCUGGAAGCGGAACGGUUUGCCGAUUUCUUUAGGGAUCAUGAUACUCCCGACAGUGAGCAACAAUGUCGAAUCGUCAGUAUCGAAGGUCGGACAUAUCCCGUGGAUAUCCUUUACCUUGAUCAACCGACGGACGACUAUCUGGAGACAGCCGUACAGACAGCCUUUACUAUCCACAAACAGGAGCCGCCUGGUGAUAUUCUUGUGUUUUUGACGGGCAGAGAAGAAAUCGAAAGAGCCGUGCAAAAGCUUUCGGACCUGGCAUCAACACUACCCCCACAAGCACAAGCUCUCCAGCCUCUCCCGCUCUAUGCCGGCCUCAGCACAGAAGAUCAAAUGUACGUCUUCUCCGAAGCCGCGGAGAAUACCCGUAAAGUCAUCCUUGCUACGAACAUCGCGGAAGCAUCCGUCACCAUCUCAGGGAUCGUGUACGUCGUUGAUUGUGGGUUUGUGAAACUUCGCGCGUUCAACCCAAAUACAAACAUUGAGACUUUGACACCUUUUCCCACGUCAAAGGCCUCCGCAACCCAACGAGCUGGCCGCGCAGGACGAACGCGACCAGGCAAAUGUUUCCGGCUCUACACACAGCAAUCCUACUCAUCACUACCCGCAACAACCACCCCAGAGAUCCAACGGUCAAAUCUCGCCCCCGUGGUCCUCCAGCUGAAAGCACUUGGCAUCGACAACAUCGUGCGUUUUGACUUUCUCUCACCGCCGCCCUCGCAACUCCUCAUCCGCGCAUUCGAUCUGCUCUACUCUCUAGGCGCGGUGGACGACUAUGCAAAACUCACCUCACCUUUGGGAACACGCAUGGCCGAGCUUAGUGCCAUCCCACCCAUGAUGGCUAAAUGUCUCCUUGCUUCCUCUUCGUCACAAUUCGACUGUCAGAACGAGAUGCUGACCCUCGCGGCUAUGACCUCGCUACAAGGCAACGUGUGGUUCCAUCACAGUGGAGAGAAAAGGGUGAUGGACUCUUCCAGACGGAAAUUCGCAGCCGAGGAAGGCGAUCAACUCACGCUCCUGAAUGUCUAUCAGGCGUUUGUGACGAAGGGGAAAAAGGAGGCGAGAUGGUGUCACGAGCACCAUCUGAACUUCAAGUCGAUGCAAAGAGCUGUGAGCAUCCGAAAUCAGCUGAGGCGAUAUCUGGAGAGGUUGGGCGUCAAAGUGGACGACUUUCCAGUAGCCACAUCUGUCAGCAUCCAGCAGAAGGACAAAGCCGCCAAUAUCCUAAAGUGCCUCGUGACUGGCUACUUCUCGCAGGCCGCAAAAAUGCAGCCUGAUGGCACGUUCAAAUCCGUGUCGGGAAACGUCACCAUGUACGCGCACCCGACAUCUCUCCUGUUCAACCGGAAAGCGGAGUAUGUGGUUUUUCACGACUUGUUGGAGACCGGAGAGAAGGUGUACAUCAAGGACAUUUCCAAGAUAGAGAAGGCCUGGCUAGUGGACUUCGGGGGAGGUUAUUACAAUGUCAAGAGCUAACGCCUUGCGAGAGCUAGUCGAUGAUGGACAAAGGCAUGGGCUCAUCAGUGGUUUCGGAUUGUGUAUAUAACCUUACUUUCUGGUGCAGUGCCGGGGGCCUUGAAUAUUAAAACCGAAACUGCUAUUGUGCCCA